UGUCACAUCCUCCUGCACAAGGGAGAGCAGGAAAUGGCAAACUCCCAGUAUGAGGCAAAGCAUUCCCAUCGCAGCAAUUGGUCCACAGGAGCUAUAUAUUGGUCUCCUCCAGAAACAGAUCAAAAUUUGUCUUCUGGGAGAGUGGCUGGAAGCUGAAGAAGCCAUGGAGAGGAACAGUGCUGCCUUUCCGCCAACACCAGACCCCACGCACCACUUCCACGUAGCCCUGCUGGACCAGAGACGGAGGCUGCGUGGCCAAAUCGCUCACCUUCACAAGGCAGCUCGUAAACUCAACAAGCUCCGCAAGAGGUCCCUGAUUGCCAAUGUCAGCGGGAGCACCCUGACCGCUGCAGGAGCAGUCACGGCCAUCCUGGGGCUGUCCCUGAGCCCGGCAACGCUGGGAGCCUCUCUCCUGGCGUCGGCUGUGGGCCUGGGCCUGGCCACGGCUGGAGGGGCCGUCAGCGUCACUUCCGACCUCUCCUUAGUGCUCUGCAAUUCCCGGGAGGUGAGGAAGGUGCAGGAAAUUGCAAUGACUUGUCGGAAACAGAUGAGGGAAAUACUCGGCUGCCUGGAGUUCCUUCGCCGGGGGCAGGGCCCAGGCGACCCCACGCUGCGCCAGUCAGAGAAGAGGGCAUCCAUCUCGCUCUACAACUCCGUCUGCUUCAUGGUCUUCUGCGGCUCCCACAGCUUCCUCGUGCCAGAAUACACAAAGGAGGUCACCAAAGUAAGCCAGGCUGUGCUGAAGGCCAAAAUCCAGAAGCUGGCUGACAACCUCGAGACCUGCACCAGGGCAAUGGAUGAAGUCUGUGAUCUUCUUGAGUCCAGAACAGAGAUUUCUCCCUGUACAAGGAGACUCAGCCUGGGUGCUAAAACCACUGCCGAAAUUCUGAGACCAUCCUGAAACAGUGUUUGGCCCUUAUUAAAACUGGGUUUGGAGACAUUACAUUAUUAACUGUAACCAUUAGCACCGCUACCUGUGUAUUACAGUUCACGGUGCUGAUGCCAUGAGGCAGACGUUCUGCACCCCCUGUUUCCCCAGCCAUCUCCAUUGCUCUGCUUCCCCAAGGCAGCAAAAAGAAGUAGGUCAGGAGGCUGAUUAAAUUCUUGAUGCUGACUGAACUUGGUUUGUAAACAGCUUAUGAAUCUGUGUAAGGUACAGAGGCUGGAGUACCCUAAAAAAGCCAGCAGCUGCCAGCAGCAGAUUUCCAGUAGAGAAUCCCAUUACCAAGGUACAUCUGGAAAGGCUGUAGAAAGAAGCAGCUCCAGAUAUGACAGACUGUAUGGAUAGUUCACCAUCGCAGGGUGAAAGAGCAGGGCCAGAAUUUAUCCCUUAUGAAGAAACUUCUCCAGACUGAGAACUGUGAUGUUUGUAUUCUAUUUAUUUACAUAGAAUGAUUUUAAGGUUAUGAUACUGUAUUUAAGAGUGUAUAUAUAUACAUACAUAUAUAAAAAGGAAAGCUGUUGUUUUUUAGAGUAAAAGCAAGUCUGAAGCACGUGAGAGCAAG